UUUUUUUUCAUAAAUGUAUAUUUAUCAUCUAAAGACAAUUUAUUAUAAAUGACUUCAGAAGCACCUGUUAAUGCUGGACAUCGUUUUGCAAAUGCCGCUGAAGAGUAUGAAGAACAAGAAGAGUGGGAGAAAGCAGCUGAUUCACAUUCAAAAGCAGCAGAACAUUUCGAAAAUGCAAUGAAUGACACAGUUGAUGCAGAGGCUAUUAGAACAUUAUUGCUAUUAUCUUCAAAUCAUAAAAGAAAAUCAAAUGAAUUAAGACGUAAAGCACAACGUGUAUUAAAGUCUAAUAAUAAUCAACAAAUAAACCUUACAAAUGAAACAAAAGAUAGUUUACAACCAUUACAACAAAAGAAAAGCAUUGUUUCUAGACUUGCUGGAGAUGAAAGUCAUAAAAUAAGUGAAAUAGGUGAAUCUUAUGCAUUAUUAUCUAAUGAAGAUCAAGAUGAUGAUCCAUUCAAUAAAUUCUUGGAGGCAGUGGAAAGUCUUGUUCAACAAUUAUUUAACCCUGCAGUGGCAUUUACAUCAGCGCCACUUAAUGAAAAUGAUAAUCCAAUACCUACUUUACAAGAAGAUAAUACCAAAACAAUAUUAAAUAUGGCCGAUUCUUAUUUUAUAGUACCAAAUCCAAAAGAAUUAUUAACGUUUAAAAGUGAUUGCAGUCCAGAAAGGGAUCCUUAUGAAUUAGAAAAUGAAAAACUAAGAAUACAGGUCGCUCAAUUAAGAAAAAAACUGAGAGCGUUAGAAUUGUCUGCUGAAGAAAAUAACAUGUUAAAAAGCAGUGUACUACAAUUCAGAAAUGAUGUUCAUAAACAAGCAAAAAGAAUCAUGCAAUCUCAUCAUGAGUCUUCAAUGAGAUCUUCUGCUACUACCUUAUUAGGCGUCGAUACGAUUCAUAAUUCAUUCCGUUAUCAUUUACCUGUGUUGAUGAAUGGUGGAACUGAUCUAAGUACGUACAUGAUUUGAACAGUUAUUAGAUACUAAUACAACAAGUAGCCAUGAAGUUAAAGGAAUUAGAAGAAGAAAAUAAACAAUUAAAGAUACAGAACGGGAAACAAAAAUUAUUAAUGAAUAAAUAUAAAGAAAGAUGGGAAAUGCUUAAAGAGAAUGCAAAGAAAAGAAGAUCAAAUGCCACUAUUUCUGAAGAAGCAGUAGCAGUAGCAGCAGCAG